AGAUACCUCAGCAAGCUCACGGGGCUGGGUGCCAGCAGCCCCAUCAGCAUGGCCUGGGCUGUGGAAGGUGGUGGGCAGCUCACAGCCAUCUUAGAGUCAGGAAGCAGUGAGGAGGAGGAAGAAGAGGAGGAGGAGGAGGAUGCUGAUGAAGAGGCAGCUCUGGUGCAGCAGCAGCCACUUCUUGCCCAGGAGGUGGACAACACAGAGGAGAGACUGGCUGAGCUUGAGCAAGCAUCGCAGGCACUGCUGGCUGAGCUCUCAGCCCUGGAGACCGAGUUUGAGGUGGAGAGGACCUGCCGGCAGCGAGCCGAAGCCUACGCAGCCCAGGUGAAGCAGGAGAACCAGCAGCUGAAGCGGCUCAGCCUGGCACCCACGGACCCGCUGGUCCUACCUAAGGAGGUGCCCCUGGAGGAGGACCUGGACCCUGCCCAGCAGUACGAGCAGCAGCUCCGGGAUCUGCAGGAGAAAAUCUCCUGGUUGCUGGCACAACAGAAAGACCUCAACAUGCAGGUACAGGAGCUUCAGAAGCACAACCAGGAGCUGCAGGACCAGCUGGAGAAGGAGCAGGAGGAGCGGCGGCAGCUGUGGGUAGCCCUGAGCACCAGCCAGCGGGCACUGAAGUCCUUCAAGAGAGUGUCCCAGAUUGUCACCCAGGAGUACUGCGAGGCCAUGCAGCAGCUGGAGCUGGAGCAGGACCUGCGCCUGCAUGCAGAAGCCUUCGCCCACGAGAUGCUGGUGCAGAAGAAGGAGGCCAACAGGCAGAGCUCCAUCCUGCUGCGGAGCACAGGGCCCAGUGCCCAGCUGCUGGCAGCUCUGCAGGAGCUGGGGCACUUGAGCCAGGAGCUGGAGAAGGCCAAGCAGGAGCAGCAGCAGCAGGUGAAGGAGCUGGAGGAGCAGCUGAGGAUGCGACCAGAGCCGGAGGAACUGAGUUUGGCCCAAGCUGCCCUGGCUGCAGCAGAGGCUGAGAAGCUGCAGCUGAAGAAGCAGCUGCAGGAGACUGAGAAGCGGCUGGUGGGGCUGGAGGAGGAAGUGGGACUGCUCCAGGAGAAGCUGCACCAGAACCCAUCCUGGCAGAGUCAGACCCCUGAGCCAGCAGUGCCCACACCACUGCCUCCACCGCCUCCACCACCGCUGCCACCACCCACACCUGCUGUUCCUACAGACCCACUCGCCGCUAUCAGGCAGAGGAAGGGGCUGGCAAACCGGCAGCACACCAAGGCAGAAGCUGAUGAUGCUAAGGCUCGAGCUGUGCAGGAGAUGAUGGAGAGGAUAAAGAAUGGAGUGGUCCUGAGGCCCACCAAGAAGCAGCUGCCCCUGGACCAGGGUCUGGUGGCUGGCAAGAGAAGGAGCACAGUGCUGGAGCUGCAGAACAUACUGGGUGCCAUGAGGAAGGCGAGCAGGAGGGCGAGCGGGCGGCAGAGCAGCCUGAAGGGCAGGGACAGGCAGCUGGAGUCCAUCCUGCAGCGGCGGCGCCAGGCAGUCGAUGCCACCACACCCUCCUUGCCCACCCUGUCACCCACCCUCAGACCCCCACAGCAGGCCCGGGAGGGUGCUGGGGCCGCGAGGAGCCCGGAUCCUGGAAUCAAGGACACCAGCACAGCUCCAGGGAGUGGGGACAGGGUCCCAUUCAGACCCCGGCUCUCAGGUGGCCUCCCCAGGACCCGUCCCCUUACCUGCCUGUCUAGAGGCCAAGAGGAGCUGGGGUAGAGGCGGGCAACCAUGGUGCCACCCUUCACCCAGUGCCACCAGAGCCACACGGCCACAGUGAGGAGGGGGCACGGAGCUGUCACCCUCCUUUUCCAGCAGUGCUUUAUUAAAGUGAGGUGGCACCA